AUGUCCAACCUCCAGGCCCUCCACCACUUUUGCAACACCCCCAUCAACAACCAAAUGUUGCACUGCUUGGUCAACUCUACCCUCAAGGUAUUGCCCCAACCCCCUUCAUCCUCCACAAACUCCUCCUUACCUUCGCUAUUCACCUUCAUCACAAAACUCGUCAAGCACACAAACGUCUUCACCGGCACCUUGAUGGCCACCUUAGUCUACUUGAAAAAACUCGGUCAACGUUUGCCUCCAAACGCCAUUUCUCAAGAACCUUCGGCUCGCCACAAAAUCUUUUUGGCCUGUCUUAUCUUAUCGGCAAAAUUCCACAACGAUGCCUCGCCAAAAAAUAAACACUGGUCAAAAUAUACCGAAGGCUUAUUCACCACCUCCCAGGUCAACAAAAUGGAACGCUACUUGUUGAUCUUUUUGGAUUGGGACAUCACCGUCACCAACCAAGACUUGUUGGCAGCUUGGAAAGACUUCUUGGAUCCAAUCAAACUCGAAUUGAAGAAUGUCAUGAGAUUGAAGACUUUCCUCCACCAACAAUCGCCAACCACCAGACCAUCUCCUCCAAGUACUAGUGCUUCUCUAAGACACUCGCCAACCUCUCACAGAUUGCCAAUUCCUUCCCCUGCCACCGCUCACAGACAAAUCUCCAGAUCUCAAUCCACCAAUACAAACUUUACUACUACCAACCGUCUUCCUCCUUCAACUCCAUUAAGAAAAUUCCCAUCAUUACCCCAACUCUCGUCGGUGUCUCGCAAAAACUUCAACUACAAUUCCAUUCAACAUCUUCGUUCGAUGAACCCAACCCCAUCGUCAUCGUCAUCGUCGUCGUCGUCAUAUUCUUCUUCAUAUUCUUCUGCUUCCUCCUCGGUUUCUACUGCAUCCUCAACUUACACAGAGACGUUUGCAUUGUCUCCUCCCCCAUCUGCUUCUUCAUCAUCUUCAUCUAUUGCCGGUUCUCCAGAUUACAGAUCUUUAACAACCCCAAAAGCCAUUCCAUUCCAAAAUUAUCAGGGAAAAUUGUAUCCAUCAUCUCAGCAUCAACAUCAACAUCAUCAACAACAAUCUACCGAACAUUCUAAUAAUCGCCGUGCUCCUCGACAAUUCAAUUUACAACCUCAGUUCAUUCCGGUGCCAAACCAAAGGCAUAAAAUUAACGAAGACCCAACCAUCAUGGAAUACGGUAGUCAAUCGGUUUAUUAA